AUGUCUGAUCUCAAAGUAGAGACAAUUGAAACUCAGCCUUUCCAAGAUCAAAAGCCAGGUACUUCAGGAUUGAGGAAAAAGGUCACCGUUUUCCAACAGCCUCACUAUACCGAAAACUUUAUCCAGGCAAUUCUCGAUGCUAUCCCCGAAGGCGCCCAGGAUGCGACUUUGGUCAUAGGAGGAGACGGCAGAUAUUACAACGACGUCGUUAUCCAAUUGAUUAUUCAAAUCGCUGCUGCCAACGGCGUCAAGAAGAUUAUUCUCGGACAAGACGGAAUCUUAUCGACACCAGCUACGUCCCACGUGAUUAGAACCUAUAAAGCCACCGGUGGCAUAAUCUUGACUGCAUCGCACAACCCUGGUGGACCCAAGAAUGACUUGGGCAUCAAGUACAACUUGGGCAACGGCGGCCCCGCGCCUGAGUCCGUCACCAACAAGAUCUACGACAUCUCCAAGCAAUUGAAAAGUUACAAAAUCUUGCCGCUUGCAAAAACCGACAUUUCCAAAAUCGGCGAGACGAAAGCAGGACCAAUUCAAGUGCAAGUCAUCGAUUCAACCAAGGACUAUGUUGAGAUGUUGAAGGACAUUUUCGACUUUAACUUGAUCAGGUCCUUUAUCGAAAAAUCAAAGGCCAAGGGGUUCAAAGUCUUGUUUGAUGCAUUGAACGGUGUCACCGGUCCAUACGGAUACAAGAUCUUUGUCGAAGAAUUAGCGUUACCGGAAUCCUCGAUUCAAAACUACAAGCCCUUGCCCGACUUUGGAGGAUUGCACCCUGACCCAAACUUGACCUAUGCGCACACAUUGGUUGAUCGAGUCGAUAAAGAGCACAUUGCAUUUGGUGCUGCUUCCGAUGGUGACGGCGACAGAAACAUGAUUUACGGUGCUGGAACGUUUGUUUCCCCAGGUGACUCAGUCGCCAUCAUCUCGGAAUACGCCGACGCCAUCCCAUAUUUCAAGAAACAGGGAGUUUACGGCUUGGCUAGAUCGAUGCCCACCUCGGGAGCUAUUGACUUGGUGGCCAAGGACAAAGGGUUGAACGUGUACGAAGUGCCCACUGGCUGGAAAUUCUUCUGUAACUUGUUUGAUGCCAAGAAGUUGAGUAUCUGCGGUGAAGAAAGCUUUGGUACCGGUUCCAACCACAUCAGAGAAAAAGAUGGCUUGUGGGCGAUUGUAGCUUGGUUGAAUGUCUUGGCCGACUACCAUUCCAAACACCCGGACUCAGACACCUCGAUUGAGAUUGUCCAGAACUCAUUCUGGGAGAAAUACGGCAGAACGUUCUUUACGAGAUACGACUAUGAAGAAGUCUCGAGCGAAGGCGCCAACAAGUUGAUUGCAUUGUUGCAAGAGAUCAUCGACUCCAAGAAACCGGGCGAUGAAUUGAAGCCCGGCUACGUCAUCAAGGAAGCAGAUAACUUCUCCUACACCGACUUGGACGGAUCUGUUGCCUCGAAGCAAGGUUUAUUCAUCAAGUUUGAGAACGGCUUGAGAUUUGUGGUUAGAUUGUCGGGAACUGGAUCAUCGGGGGCUACAGUGCGUCUUUAUUUGGAAAAACACUCGAGUGAUAAAUCGCAAUACAAACUUUCGCCAGACCAAUUCUUUAAAUCCGAUGUCGAGUUUGUCUUGGAUCUUUUGAAAUUCAAGGAAUUCUUGGGCAAAGACGAACCAGAUGUGCGUACAUAA